AUGGGCGAAUGCGAGCCUCCCUACAACAUCGAAGAAUGGAUCCCUCAUUUCUUCGAUUUGAUCGCUGUCGGCGUCGAAGAAUGCAUGCACCUCCCUGAGCUCGAAACCCGAAUUAACGGCGUGAUCGGAAGCGACUACGUGUCGAUCACGGAGAAAGUAGGAAGCACGCGCCGCGAGGUGGGUUUCCACGGCUACAUCGCGCUGAUUGUAUUGCUCUUCUGUUUGUUUUCCAUGCAGCUUUUCGUGAAAAUCGAUUUGAUUCAAUGCGGACUCAUUCCCUUCCACGACAUCACCACCAAAUCGCUCGCUUUAGGCGCGAACUUGGUCAUCACGCGAGCGGGAAAUAAGGGCGGCGUGCACAUUCGUUGUCCGCUCAAUGUAAACUCGUGGAAUGACUCGCUCUCGGACAAUACCCACAUCGAUUUCAUUUGCUGCCAUUUGGCUUCGGAUCAGAACGGAGUGUCGAAGCUGGAGAAGCGAAAUGCGGAUGCCGUAGCGCUUGUGGAUGCAUUUGUAAAAAGCGACGACUCUGGAAUUGUGUUUUUAAUGGGUGACUUGAAUUAUCGAAUCACCAUGGAUCCUGAAACAUGUCUUCAGCACAUUCACAAUUUCGUGGGAUUGCACAACAAAGAAUCGCAAGCCGCUCUUCUUGACAAUGACCAACUUCUUCCCUCUCUUUCGAUGGGCGUUUCCUUCCCUGGAUUCCAGGAAUUGGACCUUCCUUCCUUUGCUCCAACCUAUAAAAAAUACAAAGGCGAUCUGGGCAACCCUGGAGAUUACUCGGAUUUGACGCGUGUGGCGAAUUCUUAUGAGUGGAGAAUGAAGGGGGACAACACACAGCGAACACCUUCAUACACGGACCGAAUCUUAGUGCGAACCGAUUCUGUUCCCGAUGCACGUGUUUUUGUGUACCAAUAUGACGCAGUUCGUCGAAUCGGCGAUUCCGACCAUUUCCCCGUUGCUGGCGCCGUUUUGCUUCGAAUGGGACCAUCUGCUCAGAAAUGUCCCAUUCCCAAAAUGGUCCCUUUUCGCUCCACUCCUCACAAUCAGCUGAUUCCCGCGGUGGACUCCGCAACGGCUCUCUCGAACAUCAGUCGCUGCCUCUUUUUCCGUUUCUGCGUGAAUUCCCGCGGGAAGCUCCGUCCAAUCAGCGAAUCGGACGUGUCCACGCUUCUCCGAUUCUUCUCCUUCUCGCUGAUUCGCUCGAACACGGUGCUUCUGCGCGAGGGCGACACGUCCAAUGCGUCGCUGAUGGUGCUGGUGCGCGGGUCCAUUCAGUGCGUCAACGAGGCUUAUGAGAUCGGCGUGAUGCAGAAGGGAGACUGGCUCGGCGGCGAAGCCAUUCUUCAGGAAGCCUGCUAUUACUCCGCCAUCGCGCUGACCGACUGCGUCGCGUUGACGCUCUCGGACCACGCGCUGAAGCAGAUGCAGACCACCGCGCCGCUCCUCGCCAUGUCGCUGAAACGCCUGCUGAAGGGACAGUCCAUCACGGCGUUGCUCUCCAUUCUCGAUGGGCUCAUUAGCGAUUUCGACCAGAACGCCGUUUCUACGUUUCUACCCUUUGUGAGGCGUAGAUCGCUCUGCUUCGCACACAGCUCAAAACCGUGUGCAAGAACCGCGGGAAAGUGCUGGCUUCGCCUGGAGCCGAUUUGGCGGCAGCGUUUUACAUAA